CCCGGCGGCGCAGCGGAGGCGGCCGCGGCCUGGGCUGGGGCCGGGGGAGCGGCGCGGCGGGAAAUGGCGGCCGGGCCGGGCCGGGCUAAGCUGAGCUGAGCUGACGGCACAGAGCUGCACCAUGAGGCUGCUGCGCGCCCUUCUGCGCGGCGCUGCCCCGGGCAACAUCCCGCAGCAGGUGGACUUCUACUCACGCUUCUCCCCCUCGCCGCUCUCCAUGAAGCAAUUUCUGGACUUCGGGUCUGAAAAUGCUUGUGAAAAGACUUCAUUUAUGUUUCUGCGACAAGAGCUGCCGGUGAGGUUGGCCAACAUAAUGAAGGAAAUCAGCUUGCUUCCAGACAACCUCCUAAGAACACCUUCAGUUCAGCUGGUGCAGAGCUGGUAUGUCCAAAGUCUUCAGGAGAUUCUUGACUUUAAGGACAGAAGCUCAGAAGAUUCAGGGGCUGUUCAAAGUUUUACAGACACUGUGAUAAAAAUCCGGAAUCGCCACAAUGAUGUCAUUCCUACGAUGGCUCAAGGAGUGAUAGAAUACAAGGAGAGCUUUGGCAUCGAUCCAGUGACCUCCCAGAACGUGCAGUAUUUCUUAGACCGCUUCUACAUGAGUCGCAUUUCAAUCAGAAUGCUCCUUAAUCAGCACUCUUUACUGUUUGGUGGGAAAAUUAAUCCAGCUCAUCCAAAACAUAUUGGAAGCAUCGAUCCUAACUGCAAUGUUGUUGAAGUUAUUAAAGAUGGCUAUGAAAAUGCCAAGAGCCUUUGUGAUUUAUAUUACAUGAGCUCUCCAGAACUUAUCCUUGAAGAGUUGAAUUCUAAAUCACCAGGACAGCCUAUGCAAGUGGUGUAUGUGCCAUCACAUCUCUAUCACAUGGUUUUUGAACUUUUCAAGAAUGCAAUGAGAGCCACCAUGGAACAUCAUGCUGAUCGAGGCAUUUAUCCUGCAAUUCAUGUACAAAUCACGUUGGGAAAUGAGGAUUUAACUGUGAAGAUGAGUGACCGUGGUGGUGGUGUUCCUAUGAGGAAAAUUGACAGACUGUUCAACUAUAUGUAUUCAACAGCACCACGUCCUCGUGUUGAGACAUCACGAGCUACACCUUUGGCUGGAUUUGGUUAUGGCUUACCCAUAUCACGUCUGUAUGCACAGUAUUUCCAAGGAGACCUGAAACUGUAUUCCUUAGAAGGCUAUGGUACAGAUGCAGUUAUUUACAUCAAGGCCUUAUCAACAGAAUCAAUUGAAAGACUCCCUGUAUACAACAAAGCAGCCUGGAAACAUUAUAAAGCAAACCAUGAAGCUGAUGACUGGUGUGUGCCAAGCAGUGAGCCAAAGGACAUGACCACUUUUCGGAGUAUGUAGCUUUUUCCUCAGCAGCUCCUAAGUAGGUUUGUCUGUAAAGGGAAUUUAGAAGACCUGAUUUAUGAUUUUGAGCCACUUCUGAUAUGUGAAAGUAAUUCUAAAUUUGAGUGUAAUGAGGCUUUUCUGAAAUAAAAAAACAACAGCCACCAAAACCCCCAAACAUGCACAUAUAAAAAAAGGUCAUACUUCAUUUGUUUCACUUUCUAUUUAUGAUUGCUUUCAGAGCUAAGUCAAAGGAGCAAUAUAUUGAUUUUUAUAGGGAUCAAUGCCACAGCUAUCACAUCUGGUAUUAAUUUGUAUUAUUUAAAAAUAAUUUUAUUAGAAAAACUAUUAAAAAAGCUCACUGGAACAUUCUUCCAUUAUAAAAUUCUACAGAUUAAUGAAAAAUUUGUGUAAGAAAUACUGAGCUCAUUGCUAUACCUUUGAAACUGUAUGGCACUUUCUUUUAUCUUAAGCAUGCUGAAGCUUAAUUUUGCAAAGUUGGAUAUGUUGCCUACAUACACUGCCUACAUUAAGGUGGUGUUUUCAGCUGUAGAAAUCACACCUCUGUAAGGAUAAAAGUUUUUUAAAAGCAUUUUUAACUUCUACUACUGGUAUAAUGUAUCUCAGGUAUGUGGUGGCAUCAGUUCUAUUUCUUUGGUUGUAAUGUGAAUAUAUAAUAGAUGUGAAAAACUUACCUUGCCCUGAUCAUUGUGAAUUAAAAAAUAGCAUUGGCUUGUGUACAGUAGAGAAAUCUUAGUCUUGCAUUUGCUGUAUUUCUAUAGGUCAUACCAAAAUGCAGUAUCAACAUUCUAGCCUCUGUAAGAUCCCAGAGUUGGGUAUGUCAGGUACAGCUGUAAAUGAAACUAUUUUAAUAAACAGAUUCUUAAAAUUUGUCUGUAAUAGGGCAUCUCUAUUACUUUGACAGUAUAAACUGCCUUCUCAGGAGUAAGUAAAGUAAGUAAAUUAAAAGUUUUUGAAAAUA